AUGUAUGAUUGGAGGAAUCUCAGGAUCCAGGAUUUUAAAUCUGUGGAUGAAUAUAACUCGGCCAUGCUUAAGAUAGUAUCUAUCUUGAAACCGUGUGGAGAAGAGAUAAGUGAGAAGGAUAUUCUUGAGAAAACCUUCUCCACCUUCCACACAAGUAACGUAUUGUUACAACAACAAUAUCGUGAAAAGGGCUUUCAGACAUAUGCAAGUCUGAUCUCAUGUUUAUUGCUCGCCGAGCAAAAUAAUGAAUUGCUAAUGAGAAAUAACGAGUUGAGACCUCCGGGUACAGCCCUACUCCCUGAAAUUAAUGAUGUUGCAUCGGAUAAGAAAGAAGCCAAAGAGGCUAACCAUGUCCAAAGAUAUAAUAAUACAUCCGGCCGUGGACGUGGUGAAUGGCAAGGACGUGACCGUAGUCACUCCUCCGGUCGUGGACAAGAUCGAGGCCACGGGUAUCACGGCGGAAAAGGCCGUAGUCGUGGUACGUCUUUCAAACCGCAAAACCCGACCGGAAAAUCAGUUUGCCAUAGAUGUGGGAUGGGGAACCAUUGGGCUAAGAAUUGUCGGACUCCCAAACAUUUUAUUGACCUCUAUCAAGAGUGUGUCAAAGGGAAGAAUCCGAAAGCUCAAUUGGUGCAUUAUGAUAAUGAGGAUGAUUUCGAUCAUGCCAAGGAUGAUCUCAUGGAGACUUCCGAUUGCCUUGAAUAA